AUGGGAAAACUCAACACGGCCGUCAAACUCGGCCAGACCGCCGUCCAGGUCGGCCGUAACGCGCAAGACCUCCACGCCACCACCACCGAACUCCGCGCCAUGGACAAGCGCGAGCUCGGCCGCGCCGCGGGACACACCGCCUACACAGAAGGCGCUGCGACGGGCAAGGACCUCGGGAAGACAUGGCUCAAGACGUUCGAGGUCGUGCCGCGCAUGGUCUGCCGCGGUCUGCAGUUCCUCUUCGCCCUGAUCGCCUGCGGUUUCUACAGCUAUGCAAACCACAAAGACAGCGAAGGAAUCGCGCCGGAAUGGCUAUUUGCCCUUACCAUCUGCGGGCUGUCGGCCACCACGGCGGUGCUGUUCGCCCUGGCGACGCCCUUGGGCGCAAUCCCCUGCAUCGGCAGUAGGAUCAAGCUGUGCAGAACGUACCGCGCAUUCGCCUGGGAUCUAGUCCUCUUUGUGUGCUGGCUUGUUACCUUCGCACUCUUCGCGGGCAUCUUCCUGCACCGGGACAACGAUGAGGUGUACAAAGGCGCGAACCCGGCACCCAUGAAGAUUGCAGUAUGGAUCGACUUUGCUAAUGUUUUGCUGUGGUUGGCGUCCGGGGUAUACGGGGCGCUGAAGACGUUUCUGGGCGACAAGGCGGAUCAGAUAACGGGGAAGCUGGGUACCAAAAUGUUUGGGAGGAAGGAGGAGCCAGCGAAGGCGGCUGGAUAUGCGGAGAGCGUUUAG